GCCUGUGGGAAAUGGUGCUCUCGGAACUGGCUGCGCGCCUCAAUUGCGCGGAGUACAAGAACUGGGUGAAAGCAGGACACUGCCUGCUGCUGCUGCGCAGCUGCCUUCAGGGCUUCGUCGGCCGUGAGGUGCUCUCCUUCCACCGCGGCCUGCUCGCCGCGGCUCCGGGCCUGGGUCCCAGCGCCACCUGCCGCGGCGGUUCACGGUGCAGCCCGCGUGCCCGUCAGUUUCAGCCGCAGUGUCAGGUGUGCGCGGAGUGGAAACGGGAGAUUUUGAGACAUCACAUCAACCGAAACGGAGACGUGCACUGGGGAAACUGCCGGCCGGGCCGCUGGCCCGUGGACGCUUGGGAGGUAGCCAAGGCCUUCAUGCCCCGAGGACUAACAGACAAACGAGGACCCGAGGAAUGUGAUGCAGUUGCUCUUUUAAGUCUCAUCAACUCCUGCGAUCACUUUGUGGUUGAUCGAAAGAAAGUCACAGAGGUGAUUAAGUGUCGCAAUGAGAUCAUGCACUCUUCAGAGAUGAAAGUAUCAUCUACGUGGCUCCGAGACUUUCAGAUAAAGAUCCAAAAUUUUCUGAAUGAAUUCAAGAAUAUCCCAGAGAUAGUGGCAGUAUACUCCAGAAUAGAGCAGUUGUUGACAUCUGACUGGGCUGUUCACGUCCCUGAGGAAGACCAGCGAGAUGGGUAUGAAUGUGAUACAGGAAGUUACCUGAGUGCAAGCCAAGUAAAUGAAAUCGAAGUGGAAUUACUGAAAGAAAAACUUCAAGAGAUGUAUCUUCAAGCAGAAGAACAAGAGGUGUUGCCCGAAGAGAUCGCAGAUCGACUGGAAGUGGUGAAGGAAUUUCUGAGAAACAAUGAAGAUCUUAGAAAUGGUCUUAGAGAAGACAUGCAGAGGCUAGACAGCCUCCAUCCACAAAAAAGAGAUUCAAAGGAACCAGGGAGACAGGCACCGGAAAGGAAGGACUGAGGUUGGCCUUUGACAAAAAUCACGCAUGUCCUGUGAAAGUCAGCAUGGCUUCCAGCUCAGGCAUCCUUUUCUGUACAAAAGGAAGGAGUUUCCAGAGUACUGUACCCUCGACAAAAAGGAGGUUUUGUUGUCCUGUACUUUCCUCUGACUCUUUGGAAGUGUGUGUGUGUGUGUGUGUGUGUGUUUUUCCAUAUUCACAAAUUUGGGGUUGAUGUGUGUGUGUGUGUUUUUCCAUAUCCACAAAUUUGGGGUUGAUUAAUGUAUACCAAUCCAAACAGAUACUCUGCCAUAGCUGUUAACAGCCAGGGACUUUUUGUGGGGAGCCGGGGUACUGGGGAUGGAACCCAGGGGCACUCAACCACUAAGCCACAUCCCCAGCCCUGGUUUGUAUUUUAUUUAGUGACAGGAUCUCACUGAGUUGCUUAGCACCUCCCUUUUGCUGAGGUUGACUUUGAACUGGUGAUCCUCCUGCCUCAGCCUCCCGAGCUGCUGGGAUUACAGGCUGGUGCCACCGCGCUUGGCUAGCCAGGGACUUUUUCCUGUUUCAGAGGUGAGAUUCUUUUCUGGUUCUGGCCUGUAGCUGCUUAUCAUGGUAAAGGCCAGGCCUGUGUCAAGGGCUCACACAGAGGAGGAUAGGAUGUGUCCUGUCCCCCUGCCUGCUCCCUGACAGUGUCACUCAUGCAAAUAGUCAGGGGUGGGUUGGAACAUAAAUGUUGCAAUGGAACCCUUCCAUUUUGGAAGAAGACAAGAGGAAAACCUGCCUGGAAGGCUGUUCUCUAGCCAACUUAAUACAGACCUGUUACUAACAGGUUUGAAUAGACUGUAGCUGUCGGCCAGGGGACAGCAUGGUGGUCGGUGCAGGCCUGGAGAACAGUGAGUGACCUGGCUGACCAAUGCAGGGGACGGGCCCAGGCCCACAUCCUAUCAGGGACAUCAAGGGGAAAGCUCAGUUGGCAGCUUGUUUACAAUGUACUUAUGGGAAGUAAACUCUGUGGCAACCGUGGCUGUUUCUGCCGGGGGCAGGGCCUGGUCCUCUGGCCCAGUGAGUAUUCAUCCAGCUGCAUGUUCAUCUGCGGGCCUUUGAGUAGUUGGAGGUAUAAAUGUCAACUGCUAACUAAGCCUGGUCCUUCAUUGUGAAAUUUCAACAUUCUGGUAAAACUAAGACAGCAUUUCCUUUCAACAGAUUGACAAAUUCAUUCCUACUUCCUCUAUUCCUUUUACCCCCCAAAAUCUUGCACUCGUGACCUCGGCCCGCUUGUUCCUGAAUCGCACAGGCACUGUGCCAUCAUAGGCAGUGGUCUGUGGGGCCGGCCUCACUUUCACCUUAGCCUCCAUCUGAUCAUGUGCAAGGCCAGUGCUACUAAACUGGGUCAGGCCACCUCUGAACCUUCAGGGGCAGAAUUGCCACGUUCCCAGAGCUUUGCCCGGAAGAAGUGCACCAUGCCAAGCCUGAGCGAAGGUGACCUGCUCCUUUGCCUACUCAGCUUCCCGUCAGGGUUGUUAUUUGUAGAGAGUGGGCGGAGGGAGGAGGCAUAUUCGGCAUACACAUUUACCCUAAAAUGCAUUUAAUAGAAUCUGUAAGCCCUGGGCCUACAACUUUGCGCUUCAGUCUUGCCAGUCUCUGUGCGGUGUUUGGUCUUAUGUUUUCUUUCCCUCUUCAUUUCAUGGAGCUCUUUGAGAAGACUUCAGUGGUGAACGAAUUUUCAUCCAUCUUGCAACUUUCCCAAACUAAGAAACUUUAAUGAAAUGUUCCCUAGCUUCUAGCUCUGAGAUACAAAAUGUGGAAUCAGAGGGAAUCUCAUUGAGUCACUAAGCAGUUUAAGACCUGGUUCCUAACUCUAGGAACUCUGGGAUGUGAACUGUUCCAUUUUAUACCUGUGUCUGGUUAACUUUUCCCUAUGUAUCCAAAAAGCACUUAUUGAAUGUCCACCACAUUAGAGACACUGAAAGAGACGUGCGUAUAAGGAUUUAUAAAGUAUGAAUAAUGAUGAGGGACAAGCUGUCAUCUCAUUGGAUGUGUGUGCUCUGAAAAAUCAAAGGUAUUGUUCAAAAACUUCAUAUCAAUAACUUUUAAACAGAAAGGAAGCCAUGCCCAGAGAGGCUCUAAAGCAAAUGUAGCAUGGACACGGACAUCAACCUGUGGACGCUCUUCAGCAGGGAGGGGCCCGGGGUGUGCACACAAGAGUCGCGUUGGUAAGCCACCGUCAACAGAGGACCAGUUAAAGGAAGUCUGGCGCGUCCGUCCUGCAGGCACUGCAGGAUGAUCUGAGACGUGGGGUAGAAAGCGGGGCUCUCACCCGGCCCGUGAGGCCCUGGGUUCCCUCCCCAGCACCACCGGCAAAAGUAGAUAAAUAGAAACUCAAAAUGUUUAACAGCACGUAUUGCGCCAUAUGACUAUUUUAUGUUAUAAUAACAUGUCUGGAAAGUUGCGUGUUUUUCCCAACCUUUUUUGCUGUGCUAUGUCUAUAAAGGAAUUGGGGCCACAGGGUACUUACAGGUUAUUUGUUUUUUCUGUUUUGUAUAUUCCUGUAUGAAAUUUUUACAACAAACAUGUAUUUUGAAUUUUCUUAAUUUUUUAAAUUUCAAAAUAAUAAAGAGUAUAAAUUCAAAUUGCAA